AUGCUACACCUCUGUGCCCUCUUGCUGCAGUGUCUGCGGGGGCGCAAGGCAACCCUGGAGGAGCUGCAGUCAGUGCACACUGAGCGCCACGUCUUCCUCUACGGCACCAAUCCCCUCAAUCGCCUCAAACUGGACAACGGGAAACUGGCAGGGAUCCUGUCGCAGAGGAUGUUCGUCAUGCUGCCCUGUGGGGGGGUGGGGGUGGAUAGCGACACUAUCUGGAACGAGUUGCACUCCUCCAACGCCGCCCGCUGGGCCGCUGGUAGCGUCACUGACCUGGCCUUCAAGGUGGCCACAAGGGAGCUCAAGAACGGUUUUGCUGUGGUGCGACCCCCAGGACACCAUGCGGACCCUUCCACAGCCAUGGGUUUCUGCUUUUUCAACUCAGUGGCAAUCGCUGCUAAGCAGCUGCAGCAGAAGGGGAAGCUCAGCAAGAUCCUCAUUGUGGACUGGGAUGUUCACCAUGGCAACGGCACCCAGCAAGUGUUCUACAAAGACCCAGACAUUCUCUACAUUUCGUUACAUCGCCAUGACGAUGGCAACUUCUUCCCCGGCAGUGGGGCAGCUGACGAGGUUGGCUCUGGCGCUGGCGAGGGAUUUAAUGUCAAUGUGGCUUGGACUGGUGGGCUCGACCCACCCAUGGGGGAUCCGGAGUACUUGGCGGCUUUCAGAACUGUCGUGAUGCCGAUCGCCCACGAGUUCUCCCCGGACGUGGUGCUGGUGUCUGCAGGGUUUGACGCAGCCGACGGCCACCCGCCACCGCUGGGAGGCUACAAAGUCUCUGCCAAAUGCUUCGGCUACAUGACCCGACAGCUGAUGAGUCUGGCAGGAGGAGCCAUCGUCCUGGCCCUGGAAGGGGGCCAUGACCUCACGGCCAUCUGCGAUGCCUCAGAGGCCUGCGUGUCCGCCCUGCUGGGCAAUGAGCUGGAUCCCCUCCCAGAGGAGAGCAUGAGGCAGAAGCCGAACCCCAAUGCCGUGCGCUCCUUGGAAGCAGUGAUCCGGGUCCAGAGUAAAUACUGGGGCGCCGUGCAGCGCUUUGCCUCCAAGGUGAGCUGCUCGUUCCUGGAGGUGCAGCACCAUGACCCAGAGGAGGUGGAGACGGUGACGGCCUUGGCCUCCUUGUCGGUGGCAGUGAUGGUGGAGAAGAGGCCACAGGAUGAGCCGAUGGAGGAAGAGGAGCCCAUGAAUCAGUGAUGAGCGGUGCUGGUCUCUGAGUCGCCAGUGGCAGGAAGGAGUCUGGACUCUCCCUAGCCCGUGACUCGCUCUCGACUCUUGGCUGCCUGUUUGCCACGUUGUCCUCUCCCCAAGUCACACCCCGGAACGGACUGGCCCUCCAGCUGCGGUAUCUGCAGGUCAUCCGCAAAGGAUCCCACUGCUGCUGGGAAUCACCCUCCUGCUUGGGGUCAGCCGAGGACCAGAAACUCCCUCUCAAAGGAUCUGCCCUGCAGUGCUUGGCAACGCACCUUCCACGUGCUCUCCCCUCAGGGCCUUGCAGGGGCGUAAAGGGCCAACGGGGUGUGAGAAGGCCUCGGCCCUGCCGGCUUGGUGGAGAGCUGCUUUUCUCCAAGGGCUCGUCCUGUGGCAGUGGGGAACUGGACAGGUGUUGGGAUGGACAGUGGUUGCUGACGUGCAGUUCAGAGCCAACCUCAGGAUUGUGCCCCUUCUCCAGACAGCCAAAGGUUCCCCCAGGGACUCCCCGCACUGCAUGCUCCUGGGAGGGGGGAUGGAACAUUCUUUGUACCUUUGUCUAGGAGCGAUCGGAGCCUCCUGCCAGGCACGAGGUGGGAGCUAGGGGUGACGAUGACUUGGGGCUUGAGCCCAUUGUGAAUGAGAAGAGGUUAGAAGAUGGUUGACGACAUGCAAAUCACAGGGAAGCCCUGGACUCCAGUGUCCCAUGUGCCCAGAACUGCAAGCCUGGGACUUGGUCUCCUUAACCACUAACCAGAGCGUAAGCCCUCGGGGACGGGGCCCCUCUGAUUUGCACUAUCUGCAGAUUACACGUGCUAAUAUGCACCUGACAUACCCUUCUUUCCAUGGGACUUUGGGGAACAAACUCCUCUGCAGAUGGACGUUCACGAGGUGAUCUGAGCCCUGGAACAACCAGCCCGGCCAGUGACCUGAGGAUCCAUGUCUAAUGGGGCCCUUUGUCUGGCUCCAGGGGAGGGGGGCUUCUUCCAGAGUAGCCCCUAAGGGCUCUCCCAGUGUCCUUGAGACAGCCCUCACUAGGGAGCCUGCCUUAGCCCCCAGCCCUGUUCCCUGCCCAGUACCCCAGCUGUCGAGGAGAAACAGGGCAUCUUAGGGCUAACGGGCUCAGCUCAACAUGGGUCUGAACGCUGCUCAGUGCUCAGCUAGCCCAGCAUGGCACAUUAGAAACACUCCAGAGAGCCCCCGAGAUCCAGCCAGAGCCUCUCUGGAGUGAGCAGAAACCCCAGCCCAAUACCUGCUCCCCUAGAAGUCACAGGUGCUGUGCAGACCCUGCCCGAGCUCAGGACCCCCCAUCAUGCAAGGUACCGCACAGCCACCCCUCCACCGCCGACAUUGAGGCCCUGUAAGCCUGGUGCUGCACAGACCCCAACCAAGAUCAGGGCCCAGUCGUGCUAGCUGCUGCACGGACCCCAACCAAGAUGAAGCCAGGUGCUGCACAGACCCUAGCUGAGACUGGGGCCCUGUCAAGCCAGCACGACACAGGCACACAGUGACUGACAGCUCCUUUCCUCAACUUCAGUGGGACUAGGAUCUGGGCUGAUCUUGCAAAGUGUUUCCCCCUCCCUGGGUAGACCACAUGGGUUCACACACACACGCCCCUGGAGCCUUGGCUCCUUCCACUCACCCAGCUGGAGGAGACCAGCGGUUCUGCUCCCCAGAAAUGGCAUUGGAGAGCCUGUGGCCUCCAAAAUUGGCAGCUUUUACAACCCUCACUGACCCCGGCUUCACUGUUUGUAUCAUCUCACAGCGCCACGGAAGAGCUAAAACCAUUCCACACCCCCCCGCCCUUAAACACUUAAACAGGUUUUGCUGAGGAACAGAGUUGGGUCGGCUGGCAGCAGUUUCCUGGGAGAAGAACAGCCCCCCCCCCACCCCCAAAGCACCAGCCUCAGCCUGCGCUACAAGCCAACACUCCUGGGUUAAUCUCACUCCAGCUGGCUCCUGUCCAGGUGGGGUCGUCGUGUCCAGUCUCCUAGUGUAAUGGGAGCGAGCCCUCCUCUGCCAGGGGCACCGGGGAUCGACCCCUCUCCACUCCUUGGCUGUGUCCUCCAGGACAAUCUUGCCAUUUCUUUAGAGAGGGGCCUGGCCCAGAAGCUGAUGUGACAUGCAGCAGUGGGAGCAGUUGGGCCCAUUAUCUGGGGCCUGUGUGAUGGCCACAAGCACUUU